UUGAAAUUCAAUAAUUGACUAUCAAAUACUGUAAUUAUUUAUUUAAAAAAAACAUUUAAUAAAAUAAUAUUAAUAUGUUAUUAGCCUUGAAUUUAGCAAAUACUGUAUUAAUUAAUAAAGUGAUGUCAAAUAAUAUCAGAAUAGUUUGAUUUUUUUCAGUAAUUAAUUAUUGUGUAAUUUAAUUAGCGAUCCAAACUGGACAUACAUUUACUUACUAGUAUUAUAUGACUUACAGAUUAUGAAUACCUAAAAUAUGGGUGUCCAGGGAUUGACGAGCUUUAUUAAGGCCAAUAAAGACCGUAUGAUUACUGGAUAUCAUUUACACGACACCUAUUUGGUGAUCGAUGGCAACAAUUUUCUCUAUAGAUUAUACGAAAAUUCAAACAAUCAGACAAAAGACAACAUAUACGGCGGAAACUAUAGUCGUUUUGCUGGUAAUGUUCACCGAUUUUUUACUACAUUAGCUAAGUGUAGGAUACGACCAGUGGUUGUCAUGGAUGGCGGUAUUGAUCCGUCAGAUCAAAAGAUAGUGAAAUUAUUGAAAAAAUUCACAAAAAAUCUUAGACAUGCCAUCGAUAUAUCAAAUGGUAAUCAUUUUGAUGGCAAUAUUGAUAUACAUCCCACAUUGUGUAGACCAGUGUUGGAGCAGAUGAUGGAUCAGUUAGGAGUUGCCUAUUGUCAGAUCUUGUACGAGGCUGACACUUAUGCGGCUGCACUGGCCAACCAACUUAACUGUCCAAUACUGUCGGGUGACAGCGAUUUUUUUGUCUACAAUAUCAUCGGCGGUGUUAUACUUAGUGAUUAUCUCAUGAAUUCAAUGCAAGUCAGACAAUAUGAAGACCAAAACAAUUGGCGAAAUCGUGAAACUUACAAAUAUUUGGACACAAAAUUGUAUACAAUUGAUAAUUUUGUUAAAUGUUUUCCUGGACUUACCAGUGAUUGUCUACCGGUGUUCAGUACACUAAUGGGCAACGAUUACAUUGAAUACGAUAAUAUUAGGCCUAUUGUCGAUACGAUACCCGAUGUUAAUAAUGGCCAAAGAAAUAAUAGGAUAAAUAUAUCUGAAAGACACCAACAAAUGAUUAAAAUAUUGAAUUGGCUGAGAGGACUGACCCGACAACAGGUUAUAGACUAUAUUGAGUCCGUACUGAUUGAAAAAUCUAUGAAUAAUGUCAUUGAAUUGCUGAAGAUAUCCAUAGAAUCCUAUAAUAUUGACAAUUGUAGUGAUGGUAUCAGCUAUGAUAGGGCAACCAAUUCAUUCAAUUGGUCCAAAUUGGCUGCACAUGUAAUGCAAAAAGUACUGGCAUUUCCUCAAUGGUUUGCUAUAGAUAUGUGCAAAAGUCGUUUAAAUCCGAUGCUUAUAAAUGUUAGUCAAGCAAAACGCGUGUUUCUCUCGCCACGUGUCGAAGAUCUAUCAUUGCCAUCGACUUAUAAGUGUUGUUGGCGUUUAAGACAGUAUUUGAUUGGUUUAAUGAGAGAAGAUAACGAUAACGAUGUAAAAACAGUUGAAGUUUAUGAUAGAUAUGAAUCCGAGUAUAAAGUAUUAUCAAUGCAAUCAAUAACGGUCUUAACUAAUAAUAGUGGUCACCAAUUACCACAAUUGAAUCAAAUCAUUAAUUUGACAAUCAAUGAGAAGACAAACUUGAUUUCAGAGAUGUUAUUUGAUGACAAAAAUGUGGUUAAAUUUAUGAUUAAAAAUACAAUAAAAAUAUCUGAUCUACAAAACCAAGAGGGAGUCUAUCUGAUGAUUGUCAUCAGGUAUUGGUUAGGAAACACACCGAAUAUGGUAUGAAUUUUUGUAUUCACUAAUGAUUUGUAUCCUAUUUACUGGUCAUUUCAACUACGAUGACGACUACGAUAACUAUCAAUCAUUCAAAUUAAUAUCAUUAGUAGACAGAAAACAAAAACAUUUUCUCAAUUCAUUGAAUAGUUUAUUGAUUAAUAGAAAUUAUCCGUUCAUUUCACGAAUUGUUCACUAUUUCAAUGAAUUUCAAGAUUGUCUAACAUCUAUAAGAUGUGUUAACCGAUUAUUCGGUAGUCCCGUACCGAUGGGUUGUCCAGAUAUGUGUCUUAACGGACCAUUAAUUUAUAAUUUGACGGUAAAGUUGACACAAACUAAUAGUCCUUUGAAUUAUUUAAAACAAAUGUUGGGUCCGAUGUCUGCCAAUUGUCGACUAUUUGAAAGACAUUUGCAAUUAGUUUUAAAGUAUAUUAGUAAUGAUAAAAUGAUUUGGUGUCCACGGGAUGUGCUUAACACUAACAAUAUGAUACUUAAUCACAUGUCUAACCAAUUUUGGUCGAUUAAGUUUAAAUGACUUUUUUAAUGUUAUUUUUAACGGUAAUGUUAUAUUUUUAUAAAUAACUAUCAUAUUAUUAAUUUUUUA